AUGGCGUCUGAAUCCAGCCAGCCUGUUUACCGGGCCACCACCACUGCCCCCGUCAACAUUGCGGUGAUCAAGUACUGGGGCAAGCGUGAUACCACUCUCAACCUCCCGACCAACUCUUCGCUUUCGGUCACCCUCUCCCAGCGCUCUCUUCGCACCCUGACCACCGCCACCUGCUCUGCCAAAUACCCCACCGAGGACACCCUGAACCUGAACGGCAAGCCGCAAGAGAUCCAGUCCUCCAAGCGUACCCUCGCCUGCCUGUCCAACCUGCGUGCUCUCCGCAAGUCCCUCGAGGAUGCCGAUGCUUCGCUGCCCAAGCUUUCCACCCUGCCCCUCCGCAUUGUCUCCGAGAACAACUUCCCCACCGCCGCUGGCCUUGCCAGUUCUGCUGCCGGCUUCGCUGCCCUCGUCCGCGCCGUUGCCGACCUUUACCAGCUGCCUCAGUCCCCGCGGGAGCUGAGCCGCAUUGCGCGACAGGGCUCAGGCUCUGCCUGCCGGUCCCUGAUGGGUGGCUAUGUCGCGUGGCGCACAGGUGAGCUCGCCGACGGCAGCGACAGUCUGGCCGAGGAGGUUGCCCCGGCCUCGCAUUGGCCGGAGAUGCGUGCCCUUAUUCUCGUCGUUAGCGCCGAGAAGAAGGAUGUCCCCAGCACUGAGGGUAUGCAGACCACCGUCAACACCUCCGAGCUCUUUGCCCACCGCGCCCAGACCGUCGUCCCUGAGCGCAUGACGGCCAUUGAGGCAGCCAUUCAGGCCCGCGAUUUCCCUAAGUUCGCGGAGAUCACCAUGCGUGAUUCUAACACUUUCCACGCCACUUGCCUCGACUCAUGGCCCCCGAUAUUCUACAUGAACGACGUCUCCCGUGCCGCCGUUCGUCUCGUGCACGACAUCAACCGUGCUGUUGGCCACACUGUUGCCGCUUAUACCUUCGAUGCUGGCCCCAACGCCGUCAUCUACUACGAGGAAAAGGAUGAGGCUCUCGUUGCGGGUACCGUCAAGGCGAUCCUGAGCGCCAGCACCGAUGGAUGGGAGGGCCCCUUCUACGAGAAGCUGGCUAACAUCACCACUCCCGGUGUUCCUCUGGACCAGAUUGACUCUCGUGUCGUGAGUGGUCUGAAGGACGGCGUUAGCCGUGUUAUUUUGACCGGUGUUGGCGAGGGCCCCGUCAGUGUCCAGGAUCACCUUGUGACCGAGUCCGGCGACAUGGUCAACAACUAG